AUGUUGAACAAUGAUGAGGGGAAGCGGCGCACCGGCGAGGGGGAGAGGCGCACCGGCGAGGGGGAGAGGCGCACCGGUGAGGGGGAGAGGCGCACCGGUGAGGGGGAGAGGCACCCGCGCACUCCCCAGGGCGCGAACCGCCGCUUCAAAGCCAAUCAAAAGCUGCCAAAUGUCCGUUUACGCAAUGCUUCUCACCCUGGUCAUCUAGGAUGGAGUGCUCGAAAGAAGCAAGUCGCGAAUUAUGACAGCAAAGGACAGCCGAGACGACCACAGAGUAGUAUGUUUAAUGACGUCGGUUUGAUUCAGCGAGGGUCGGACAGACUGGCUGGAAAAAUAGCUGAGUAUGCCAGCCCCUUGGACCGUGAUAUUUCCGAGCGAUUUUCGGAGUUCCAAAGGUACAUGGCAGCCGCCGCCGCAGAGAGUCUUACCCCUGUUUCCCCGCACCGGACAGCCCACAAUGAAGCCGCAGUCAACAGUGUGGCAGCGAGUAGUGCGGCAGCCCUGCUGAGUCCUGUCUCACCUCGGUAUUCUGCUGCUAUUUUGAGUCCGAGUUCCGAACAACGCUCGAUGAUAUCUGAACACUCGACGAUCUCUGAACCGUUAUCCAACAACCACGUCGCGAGGGAGGCAGAUGACGGAAACUACCCCAUGGAUCCCCACCCCCGUGGCUCUCCGAUGGGAACUUCUGCGCGCCAGAAGUUUCUGCACGAACUGCUGACAAAGCGCGCCAUAAAAAUUCGUGCUCCGAGCGACCUGAGGAUUGGUGAGCACGACCACGAUCGAGAAGGCCGUGGCGGUGGACAAAGACCCAAGGAGGCACCCAGCCGACAAGGCUCUCCAAGAUACCUAGGUGUGAGCACUGAAAGCGGAACGACCGUCAAUUUAGCAGAAACGACGAACGUCUUACAACAGCGUCUGGACGAAAUAAUAAUGAGUAACAAGAACACAGUCCACGAACUGGCCAGUAUUGUGGGCACAGGUGACAACACACACUCUUUUGGGAAGUCCAUGGGGGUGAAGUCCAUGGGGGUGAAGUCCAUGGAGGUCAAGUCCAUGGGGGUGAAGUCCAUGGGGGUCAAGUUAGAAGCAGAGAAAUGUUUGUUGAGUGAAUGGGAGAGUGGGCCGAGAUCUGUACAGGACAUACUCCGCAGUGUUGCAUUGACCGCACAACACGUCGACGAAAUAUCUGCCUAUUGUUGCGACCUGUGGAACGCUCUGGAUCACGAGCCACAAAAACUUCUGCAACUCCACCAACGCUCCUUGCCUGUUCCAUCCGGACUUCUCGAGUUGAGUCGACUGUGGGUGACUCACUUAAAAAAACACAAUCUGUUGCUACGGCGGGAAAUAAUUGUCUAA